UUGAGAAAAAGAUAAUCAUAUAACGCGCUCUUCUUUGCUAGCUUUAACACAUACACCUCCCGUAACCCUAUAUAUUCUUCUCCGCCGUCUCCGUUCAGCCACCGUCUUCCCUCCCUCCAAGAAUGAAUUGUUAUGACAGUGAAUAACAAUGAGGAAGCUAAAGCAUCAUGAGCAGAGGCUUUUGAGGAAGGUGAAUUUUUUGGAAUGGAAGAGAGAAGGGGGUCACAGGGAGAACAUGGUUAUGCAGCGCUACCAUGUUACCGGUCGGGACGAUUACAAAAAGUAUUCGAGUAUAUGCCGGAUGGUUCAGAAGUUGGUAAACACGGUGAAACAGAUGGAUCCCAAGGAUCCUUUUCGAGUUGAUAUGACUGAUAAGCUUUUGGAAAAACUUUAUAAUAUGGGUGUGAUUUCAACCAGGCAAAGCAUCACACUAUGUGAACGCUUAACCGUGUCAGCCUUCUGCAGACGUAGGCUCUCAACUGUUUUGGUGAAACUAAAAUUUGCUGAGCAUCUGAAAGAAGCUGUAACUUAUAUUGAACAAGGACAUGUUCGAGUUGGUCCAAAUACAAUUACAGACCCAGCUUACCUUGUAACUAGAAACAUGGAAGACUUGAUUACAUGGGUGGAUUCUUCCAAGAUAAAGAGAAAGGUGCUUCAGUACAAUGACAAGUUGGAUGACUAUGAUUUAAUGAAUUAGUUGACUAUUUGUACUUUGCUAUUGAACUAAUUUUUGUUGUAGACAUGAAUGAACCGAGACUGUUUGAAUUUGUGGAUGAAUUUUUGACUUUGUAUGGUUAUCUUAUCUCCUUUAAUGCGAAAUACUUUUUUAAAAGAAAAGAAUCAUUCCAAAUUA